CAGUUAUUUACAACUCACCACGAAAGACUUCAAUGGCAAACAAGUUCUGCAGUUAUUUACAAUUUUCCGUUCAUAGUAAAACUCAGCGCGCUUCUUUAUUUCUUUUGGACGCGUAUCUGUACGUUUCGUGAGUUUUACAUACAUAUUAGCGCAACAUAAGUGAUGAAUUUGUGUCACUUAAAUUAAAUACAUUCAUGCAUUUAUAGAUGCGUGUGCAUACAUAUAAGUUUGUGCGUAAUUAAUUGAUACUAUUGUGCCACCAGUGUCGUAUGCAACUAUACAUAUAAACAAAUCGUAAGAUGCCUUCGAUUGUAAGUGGCGCGAACUGAAAGAGAGAGAGCAUGCAUUAAUGGAAAAGGAGAGAUGCGAUUAUUGUCCAAUCAUUAGGAACGAAGCAAUGCUAAAUCGUUUUAAAGCAAUAAUAAAAGAAAUCUGAAAAUGUUUAAAACCAAUCAAAUCAAUGAUCCAUUACUGACAUCUAUAAUACAAGAAUUCGCCAUAUAAUUUCAAUAACAUUGAAUAACGGAUCAGUGGAUAACCAAGAAGAAGACGAAGACGAACUGUCAAUAUUUGUUGUAAUUCAAUUAUCAGUAAAUUUGAUUGCAACACAAAAAGAUGUCAGUCAUAGAGAGGAAACAGUUUCUUCUGUGGGCAAUUAUCAUGACUUUUGUGCUGCUGUCUGUAACAGGUCUGGAUGCCGUCUCUGGCUUGCAAGGCGCUCCAACAUGGAUCUGUCUGGGAUUACGGUCGCCAUUCAUUGAGUUCGGCCCGCAUGAAGAGGUGCUCGCAAAUACGAGCAUCCCACUAAAUAUCACCAAAGAUGAACAGGCGUACAUGCACCAGGAGGGCUUGCGCAAGCUGGGCACGUUCAUAAAGCCGGUGGAUCUGCGCGAUUCGGUGACUGGCUAUGUGAAGGCCGAUCUGACCAAAAGACUGGACACGCCCAGCGCUCAGGCUCGGCGCGUGCAUCCGAUACAGGAGGAGAUGGACCAAAAGCAGAUCAUUCUGCUCGACGAGGACACCGAUGAGAAUGGUCUGCCGGCCAGUCUAACGGACGAGGAUCGCAAGUUCAUUGUGCCCAUGGCACUGAAAAAUGGCUCGCCAGAGCGUUGGACUGCCCCGAACCGAGCGUCCGUGGCUGCCAGCACAAUGCCGACGCGUUCUGCUCUGGCUAUGGCCACGCGACGUCGCAGCACGACAGCUCAAACGAGCACAACAACGACACCCGAUCCGACAUCAAAUAUUGAUGAUCUGAAGAAACACAUACUCUUCCUGCACAACAUGACGAAGAGUGACACCAACUUUGAGUCCAAGUUUGUGAAGUUCCCAAGCCUACAGAAGGAGAAGGCAAAGCAGUCAACGGGAUCGUCCGCGAGUGCCAAGCGGCCCCAGCGACCGAUACUCCAGUAUGCCGCUCCCAUAGCUCCGCCCACACGCAAAGUACCUCAGGGAGCACACACACCGGGGCAGAAGCCAUUCGGUGGUUACUAUCACAACGAGGAUGAGGCAAACAGUUUCUUCCAUACGAUUGGCGGUGAUGGUGGCACCAUGGAUCGCAGCAAGGAACGUGGCAGUUUCGAUACUGUGCCCCAGGUGCAUCUGCUCAGUGAGGAGCAGACGACUACAGCGAAAAGCAUACCCAUAACAACCACGCCCACUCCGGUGGACACAACAUCGAAGCGAACUACCAAGCGUCCCGUCUGCUUGCGUAAUCCCGACUCUCCCAAGUGUGUGCGUCAACGCCAGCGCGAGGAGCAGCAGCGACAGCGUGAGCGCGACGAAUGGUUUCGCGGCCAAGCCGAGUUUAUGCGGCCCCACUAUGAGCCGGUCGUACAAACGUUAAAUAAUACCAAGCGCUUCGCUGUAUCCAUUGAAAUACCCGAUUCAUUUAAAAUCCAUCCCGGCUCGCCUCAAACAGACGAUGCGUCGGAGCUGCAGAUUCUGUCGCGUGUCGCACGCUCACAGCACAAACGGCGCUACGCCAGUGGCACUCAAGCAGAUCAGGCUCCAAUCUCAAUUGAGAAGCCCUCACCUGCUGGCAAUUUCUUUGCCCAUGACAUCAUAAUGACUUCUGCGGGAGUCACCAACGAUCGCGAGUUUAUGCUCGCCAAUAUGCAUCAGUUCGGCAUGAUGGUGCCGAAGGAGCAAGACAAUGAUACCACACCAGCCCCCCCGGCUUAUUCAGAAACUAUAGACUUAAAUCCUGACAACUGUUACACAGUUGACGGCCUUACAUAUGGCCAGAAGAAGCUCUGCGCCUUGCACACGAGCGUUAUGCCGGCGAUCAGUCGGGGAGCGCGUGCAGCCAUACAGGAGUGCCAAUUUCAAUUUAAAAAUCGACGUUGGAAUUGCAGCACCACAGAAGAUGUUUCGGUGUUUGGACCCAUGACUGGCUUAGGAUCACCAGAAAUGGCCUUCAUCCACGCGCUGGCUGCAGCGACUGUGACCAGUUUUAUAGCUCGCGCCUGUCGCGAUGGCCAGUUGACUUCGUGCGGUUGUUCGCGAGGCUCGCGACCCAAACAGCUGCACGACGACUGGACCUGGGGUGGCUGCGGCGACAAUCUCGAGUAUGCAUACAAAUUUGCAACAGAUUUUAUUGAUGUACGUGAGAAGGAAACGCGUCGCGGCACUCGCGGUGCUGGCAACCCCGAGCGUCGUGGCACGCACCAGUCGCAACAAAAGCGCAAGCAAAUUGAAACGAAUGGUACAAAGGAUGCUGGGAAGUCCGAUUUUAAUGUGACAGAUCCAAAGACGACCAACAAAACUGCGGCAGGCAGUAAUUCAACGACAUCCGUUCUGUAUGAGGCGCAGCCCAAAGCCAACAACAAAAUGAAAGAUCAGCCGGUGGAUAAAACACCAACAACACGUCCACCAUCGUCGUCGUCAUCGCUUGCACCGCCCAAACAAGAAUACGAAGCCGCAGACGCUGAUGGAGGUGGGGCAGAGUCGCGCAUUAACCCUGAUGAUUUAUUGGAGCUUCAGGAACGAAUUACAAAAGAAAUUCUGAAUUCCAAAUUGAAGGAAACAGAAAUGCUUGAAUUACAGGAAAAAAUUAAUCGGGAAAUUCUAAACUCGAAACUUUUCCUCGGAGAGGCGAACAGCAAGAGGCGUAAACGCAAGCGCAAAAACCAACGGGCUGUUCGUGCAGAUGCGCCCAUGCUGCCCAACAUUAACAAUAAGGCUCGAAGUCUAAUGAAUUUACACAACAAUGAAGCUGGCCGCAGGGCGGUGAUUAAAAAAACACGCAUUACUUGCAAAUGCCACGGAGUCUCCGGGUCUUGCAGUUUGAUUACGUGUUGGCAGCAGUUAUCUUCCAUAAGAGAAAUUGGUGAUUAUUUGCGUGAGAAAUAUGAAGAGGCUACAGAAGUGAAGCUGAAUAAACGCGGACGUCUUCAGGUUAAAAACAGCGAAUUUAAGGUUCCCACUGCACAUGAUUUAAUUUAUUUAGAUGAGAGCCCCGACUGGUGCCGAACAAAUCGUCUCUUGCAAUGGUCAGGCACGCACGGUCGCGUCUGUAAUAAGUCGUCAUCGGGUCUGGAUGGUUGUGGUAUACUCUGCUGUGGCCGAGGGUACAACACCAAAAAUAUUAUUGUUCGUGAGCGCUGCAACUGCAAAUUCCACUGGUGCUGCCAGGUUAAAUGCGAUGUAUGUACAAAAGUACUCGAGGAGCACACUUGUAAAUAGGUUUUACUAUAGGCAGCACAGAAAAUGUCCAUAUGAUCACGAUUCACAUAAACAUAAAUUUAAACAUAUUUAUAUAUAUAU